CCGUGUUCGGGACUUAGAACGGGAAUUAGUAAAUAUGAGAGAAGACCGUGAUUCUUGGAUGGAGCGAGUAACCUCUAACGUUUCUGACAAUUACUUUCAUGAAAAGAUUCAUUACGAGUUCGACUUCAAAAUUUAA